CAGAUAGGAAGACAGAGAUGUUGGGUGGAGUGUGACACAGGAACAUUGUUUGAUUAGCAAUGGCAUCAUUCUUAAUGUUACCAACUGCUUCAAUGCUGAGACCAUCGACCACUUCAUCGUCUUCUACACGAAGACUUGCUCUCUUUCACCUUGUCACCACCGGUGCUAUUGCUCUCCCACAAUGUAAGCUGUUUGGUCCAAAAGGAUCAGAUUUGUUAAAAGUAGCAGAGGCUACUGCUGCAGAAAAUGUAGCCCAGCAAGAGAAAAUUUUGUUUGAUUGGGUUAAAAAUGACAACAGAAGAUUUCUCCAUGUUGUGUACCGUGUUGGGGACUUGGAGAAGACUAUAAAGUUCUACACUGAAUGCCUUGGCAUGAAGCUAUUGAGAAAACGUGAUAUACCUGAAGAUAGAUAUUCUAACGCUUUUCUUGGAUAUGGACCCGAAGAUUCUAAUUUUACAGCUGAACUUACAUACAAUUAUGGAGUGGAUAACUAUGACAUUGGAAGUGGCUUUGGUCAUUUUGGUGUUGCAGUUGAAGACAUUUACAAGAGAGUAGAUCUAAUAAAGGCAAAAGGAGGAAAGGUUACAAGGGAACCAGGGCCUGUUAGAGAUGGCAGUUCAGUAAUUGCCUUCAUUGAAGAUCCUGAUGGUUAUAAGUUUGAACUUUUGGAGAGAAGACCUACAUCUGAACCUCUAUGCCAAGUGAUGCUUCGAGUAGGCGAUCUCGAUCGUGCCAUAGCCUUCUAUAAAAAAGCUGUCGGAAUGAAACUUCUCCGCAAGAAGGACAAUCCUGAAGACAAGUACACAGUAGCCUUUAUGGGCUAUGGUCCUGAAGAUAAGAAUACUGUUCUAGAACUAACAUAUAACUAUGGCGUCACUGACUACGACAAAGGAAAUGGUUACGCUCAGAUUGCAAUAGGCACAAAUGAUGUCUAUAAGACUGCAGAAGCAAUCAAAUUAUCUGGGGGGAAGAUUAUCCGUGAACCUGGGCCCUUGCCUGGUAUCAACACCAAGAUUGUAGCUUGCUUGGACCCUGAUGGUUGGAAAUUGGUAUUUGUUGAUAAUGUUGAUUUUCUGAAGGAAUUAGAGUGACACUAACAUGGUUCUAGAUUCCAUACAUCUCCACUGAAAUCACGCAAGUCUCAAUAAUUUUGUCAACGAAACCUUAGAGCAGUACUGUCAACUCUUCACCUUUAUAAAGAAGUAACCUCCAAUCUCUGUGAGAGGAAAAGGGAAAGGGAAAGGGAAAGAAAAAAAAAAGGAAUAUAUACAGCAAUCCCAAUGUCAAUCCUAAUAUAUUUUUUUUCAUAAUGUUACUUUGACACGGCAAUUCAACAUGUACUGGAUACCCUCAAGCCAGAACUGUUUGUCUCCUUUACUUCCACAUUCAAAUUCUAUAGUCCUGUCUGUUGUUUUUAUUCCAAAAUAUGCCCUCUUUUCAUUGGUGUCUUCUCUCUCCCUUCCAGGCCAUGCUGGGGUAUCAUUGCAAAGACCGGUCACUAUAUCUGCCAUUUUAGGACAUACCAUACCUUAAUAUUGUUAGCAGAGAGUGGCAACUGGUGGCAAGAAUAAAAUAAGUAGGAGCUAUGUAUGAAACAUUGCUUACAUUUCUUCUUUUUUGUGAAUGUUCCUGCCAUAUGUUUGCUUUUCAUUUUGACUACAACCUGUUGUCAUUGUGUAUUAGUUCAAAUAACUAUUAAAUGGAGAUAUAGUGACACAACCAAUAAUUAUGAUUCUCUUUUAUCUGUGAAA